AUGUCAGAACCUGCGAAAAUUGACAACUGUCAUUCAACUAUCAACAAACUGGCCCUCAUCAGUGUUUCAGACAAGACUGGAAUAUUGGAUUUUGGUAGGGAGCUGCACUCAUUGGGUUUUGCACUCAUUGCCAGUGGGGGGACUGGUAAGGCUCUGCGAAGUGUAGGAAUACCUGUCCGUGAUGUAUCUGAUCUGACUGGAUUCCCUGAAUUGAUUGGAGGCCGUGUCAAGACACUGCACCCAACCAUCCAUGCAGGGAUCUUAUGUCAAAUGACUAAGAGAGAUCUAGAUGACCUGAAGUUACAUGGUAUUCAACCCAUCUCUGUAGUCGUCUGCAACCUGUAUCCUUUUGAAGAGCUGGUGAAGAAAGCUGGUGUAUCUAUUGAGGAAGCAGUUGAGAACAUUGACAUUGGAGGGGUCACUCUUCUUCGUGCUGCUGCUAAGAAUCACACCCGUGUCUUGGUUGUGUGUGAUCCUGCUGACUACAAGAUUGCAUAUGAAAAGCUUGUUGAAGAUGAGUGGCCUGAGAAAGGGCUGGGCUUCCGGCAGCAGAUGGCAGUCAAGGCUUUCCAGCACACAUGCAAUUAUGACAGGUGCAUUUCACAGCACUUUUCUAAGAUCUUCAAUGUUUUCAGAGGAGAGAAGGAGUUGAGGUAUGGCAUGAAUCCACAUCAAAAGCCAGCCUUCAUCUGUCCUCCUGAGGGUCUUUCAUCUUUGCCUUUUAGUGUCAUCAAUGGUGAUCCAGGUUACAUAAAUUUAUUGGAUGCUCUAAAUGCAUAUCAACUGGUUUAUGAGCUGUCUAUGAUCUCAGAAGGCCAGUUCCCAGCUGCUGCUUCAUUUAAACAUGUUUCUCCAGCUGGAGCUGCUCUGGGCCUCCCACUUUCUGUAGAUGAAGCAAAAGUCUAUUUGGUGGAUGACAUGAUGCUUGAAAUGACCCCAAUGGCUGCUGCUUAUGCACGUGCUCGGGGUGCUGAUCGCAUGUCCUCAUUUGGUGACUUCAUUGCCCUCUCUCAUCUCUGUGAUGAAGCAACGGCAAAAAUCAUUGGAAGAGAAGUCUCAGAUGGUAUCAUUGCUCCAUCUUAUUCCAACACUGCUCUUGAGAUCCUUAAGAAAAAGAAAAAUGGGAAGUUUGUUAUUUUGUUGAUGAAAACUGAAUAUAUGCCACCAGAAAUGGAAAGCCGGACUGUUUAUGGUCUCACACUAGCACAAAAGCGCAAUGAUGCUCUUAUUGAUGAGUCAUUAUUCUCUUGUAUUGUGUCAGACAAGAAAGCUUUGACCCCAGAGACCAAGAGAGAUCUUUUGAUUGCUGCAGCAUCUGCAAAGUAUACCCAGAGCAAUAGUAUCAUCAUAGUAUACAAUGGACAAGUAAUUGGGACAGGUGCUGGUCAGCAGUCCAGAAUACACUGCACUCAGCUUGCUUGCCAGAAGGCACUCAACUGGUGGCUCAGAUUCCAUCCAAAAGUUUUGUCUUUGAAAUUCAAGGCAGGGGUGAAGCGGUCAGUUAAGUCCAAUGUUGUGGAGAGCUUUCUGGCACAGCAACUGGGUGAAAUUACUUCCUUUCUUGAAGAAGAGCCCAUCAUGAUUACCUCAGAUGAAAAGGCAGAAUGGAAACAAAACCUAAAGGGAGCCUCACUCUGCUCAGAUGCCUUCUUUCCAUUCCGAGACUGUGUUGAUCUUGCCUCUGAAUAUGGUAUUGAGAAUGUUAUCAGUCCUUGUGGGUCUGUGAAUGAUGAAGAGGUCAUCAAGGCAGCCAAUGAGCAUGGGAUGGUUUUCGUCCAGUCCAAAUUUCGUCUCUUUCAUCAUUGA